GCGCGUGUGAAGCCCAUGGAGGUGCCCCGGCCGCGGCCAAGAUGCGGAGCAUGAGCCGCCUGCCCCUGCGCCUGCUGCUGCUGCUGCUGCUGUGGGACCUGCUGGACGUGGCGCUGGGUUACCUGACCGUCAGCAUCGAGCCGCUUCCACCCGUGGUGGUGGGGGAUGCCGUGACUUUGAAAUGUAACUUCAAGACGGACGGCAGGAUGCGGGAAAUCGUCUGGUACCGGGUGACAGAUGGUGGCACCAUCAAACAGAAGAUCUUCACCUUUGAUGCCAUGUUCUCCACCAACUACUCGCACAUGGAGAAUUAUCGCAAGAGAGAAGACCUGGUGUACCAGUCAACAGUGCGGCUCCCAGAGGUUCGGAUCUCAGACAAUGGCCCGUACGAGUGCCACGUGGGCAUUUAUGACAGAGCUACCCGGGAGAAGGUGGUCCUGGCAUCCGGCAACAUAUUCCUCAAUGUGAUGUCUCCUCCCACCUCUAUCUCAGUCAUCGCCGCAGACACGCCAGCCCCUUUCAGCCGCUACGAGCCACAGAACUUCACCUUGGUCUGCAUCGUCUCUGGGGGGAAGCCUGCCCCACUGGUGUACUUCAAGAGAGACGGGGAGCUCCUAGAGGUGGUGCCCCUCGUGGAGCCUCCGGCCAGCGCUGCCGGGUUGCAAGACGGCCGAGCUCCCCGCAACCUGCUGAACCGCGACCUGGACGACACCAAGAUGCAGAAGUCCCUGUCCCUCCUGGACGUGGAGGAGCGGGGGGGGCGGCCAUACACUGAGGACCCCUUCAAGAGCCUCACCGCCGACCCGGGACUUCUCUUCAGCCCAGCCACGGAGAUCAUCCCAGAGACUGUGGUGAGCUUGGAGUUCCCGCGGUGGGUCCCCAGCACGGAGCCCAUCUACUACUUCCACCACACGCACAUCCCCAUCAGCGACGGCACCGUGGAGGUGCGGGCCAUGCUCAUGUGGACACUUAACCCGCAGAUAGACAAUGAGGCGCUCUUCAGCUGUGAAGUCAAGCACCCUGCCCUCUCCAUGCCUAUGCAGUCCGAGGUCACGCUAGUUGCUCCCAAAGGCCCAAAGAUCAUGAUGACCCCAUCAAGAGCCCGGGUUGGAGACACCGUUCGGAUCUUGGUACAGGGCUUCCAGAAUGAAGUCUUCCCUGAGCCCUUGUUCACUUGGACCCGUGUUGGGAGCAGGCUCCUCGAUGGUAGCACCGAGCAUGACGGGAAGGAGUUGGUCCUGGAGAGAGUGCCGGCCGAGUUAAACGGCUCCAUGUACCGCUGCACCGCGCAGAACCCGCUAGGGUCCACAGACACCCACACCAGGCUGAUAGUGUUUGAAAACCCAAAUAUUCCAAGAGGAACAGAGGACUCCAAUGGUUCCGUUACCAGCCACAGCAGCUUCAGAUUAGUUUUGGCGCUCACCCUAACAGUGAUCUUGGAGCUGACGUGAAGUUUUGCCUUCCUCUUCCGAACAGCUUCACCCAGAAUUUACAUCUCUGUCAACUGGUUUUCAUUUUUUUUUCUAAACUAUUUACAGUCUUGUUAUCGGUCUCUUUCUGUCUGUGUCUUGGCUUCCUCAGUCAAUUUAAUUAAAAGGAAAAAAAAAAUUCCCCUG